AUGCAAGUGGAUAGAUCUCAGCGCUCAGUAUUUGUGGGAAACAUCUCAUAUGAAGUGCCCGAGGAGACAAUACGUCAGAUUUUUUCGAAGGUGGGUUUUUCGAACAUGUAUGCGGAGAUAAGAGCUGGGAAGGUGGGACAUGUCGUCCAUAUCAAAAUGGUCCAUGACCGUGAAACUGGCAAGCCCAAGGGUUAUGGGUUCAUCGAGUUUCUUGACGUACAGACUGCUGAACUGGCCAUCAGGAAUUUAAACGGAGUUGGGAAGGUGGGACAUGUCGUCCAUAUCAAAAUGGUCCAUGACCGUGAAACUGGCAAGCCCAAGGGUUAUGGGUUCAUCGAGUUUCUUGACGUACAGACUGCUGAACUGGCCAUCAGGAAUUUAAACGGAUAUGAGGUGAACGGUCGCCAGCUCCGAGUGGACAGUGCUGCAGGAGGAGAUCGUAGUGUUGACGAGAUACAACAGCUACAAGCAGCUUUGAGCGCAGCUCAGGUGGAGGAAAGCCCUUAUGGGCCAGAGCCUGAAGAAGGACGUGCCCCCGAGGUAUGCUUUCUGCGAAAUAUGGCUCCUUCUAAUCUUGUAACACAGUUUCUCCCCAGAACUACAUGUUUUAUGCUAAUAAACGGUUGUCACUUAUUAUUCGCCAUUGGGCAAACCAUUUGGCGAAGCGAUCAUUCCGUAAAAACAUAUGUUUCGACUGCGUUAUUUGGUGUCCUCACUAGGGGCGUAAUUGCUUUUUGCGAGGUGCCGGCAGUAAUUUUGCGCCACGACGUCUUCUCUGAGCGAAUUCAGUAUCAAAUUGCAUAA